CUCCCCGCCGCGCCUCGCCUCCUCCGCCCCGCGCCCUGCGGUGCUGCAGCUGCGGGCGGCUCCAGCUGCCCCCAGAUGUGGGCUGGGCGGCGCGCGGGGAACUUUCGCGCCGGCUGCGAGUGCGGGGCCCCGGUUGCGGUCCGGCUGCCAUGGAUCUGCCGGCGGGAGCGGCUCGCCGCCUGUUCUGCCCCGCUCUGCUGCUGCUGCUACCGCUCCUGCUGCCGCCGCCCGCCAACACCCGGCUCGCCGCUGCCACCGACCCCCCAGGAGGGCCCCUGGGGCCCGCAGCGGAGCGCAUCCUGGCGGUGCCGGUGCGCACUGACGCCCAGGGCCGCUUGGUGUCCCACGUGGUGUCGGCAGCAACGACGGUCGGGGUGGGAAUACGAGCCCGCAGGGCUGCCCCAGUGGGGACCCCGGACUUCCCCGGAGACAGCGAGGAGGAUGCCGGUGGCCGCCUCUUCUACAAUGUCACCGUCUUCGGCCGAGACCUGCACCUGCGGCUGCGGCCCAAUGUCCGCCUCGUGGCGCCUGGCGCCACGGUGGAGUGGCAGGCUGACUCUGGCGCCACCCGCAUGGAGCCCCUGCUUGGGACCUGCCUCUACGUCGGAGACGUGGCGGAUCUGCCCGUAGCCUCCUCCGUGGCGCUCAGCAACUGCGACGGGCUGGCUGGUCUGAUUCGCAUGGAAGAGGAGGAGUUCUUCAUCGAGCCCCUGGAGAAGGGGCUGGCGGCACAGGAGGCUGAGCAGGGCCGUGUACAUGUGGUGUAUCGCCGACCGCCCACCCCCAGGCCCCUGCCUCUUGGGACGACACCACAGGUCCUGGACACAGAGGCCUCUGCCAGCAGCCUGGACAGCCUGAGCCAGGCGCUGGGAAUCCUGGAGGAGCGCAUCAACAGCUCACGGCGGAGAGCACGCAGGCACAUCACAGACGACGACUACAACAUCGAGGUCUUGCUGGGUGUGGACGACUCCGUCGUGCAGUUCCACGGCAAAGAGCACGUGCAGAAGUACCUGCUGACGCUCAUGAAUAUCGUCAAUGAAAUCUACCACGACGAGUCCUUGGGGGCCCACAUCAACGUGGUGCUGGUGCGGAUCAUCCUGCUGAGCUAUGGGAAGUCCAUGAGCCUCAUUGAGAUCGGGAACCCUUCCCAGAGCCUGGAGAAUGUCUGCCGCUGGGCCUACCUGCAGCAGAAGCCAGACACAGACCACGACGAGUACCACGAUCAUGCCAUUUUCCUCACUCGGCAGGACUUCGGGCCAUCGGGCAUGCAAGGCUACGCUCCUGUCACUGGGAUGUGCCACCCUGUUCGCAGCUGCACCCUGAACCACGAGGAUGGCUUCUCUUCGGCCUUUGUGGUGGCCCAUGAGACUGGCCACGUGUUGGGCAUGGAGCAUGAUGGGCAGGGCAACCGCUGCGGGGACGAGGUGCGGCUGGGCAGCAUCAUGGCGCCUCUGGUGCAGGCUGCCUUCCACCGCUUCCACUGGUCUCGCUGUAGCCAGCAGGAGCUCGGCCGCUACCUGCACUCCUACGACUGCCUGCGGGACGACCCCUUCGCCCAUGACUGGCCGGCACUGCCCCAGCUGCCGGGGCUGCACUACUCCAUGAAUGAGCAGUGCCGUUUCGACUUUGGCCUGGGCUACAUGAUGUGCACGGCGUUCCGGACUUUAGACCCCUGCAAGCAGCUGUGGUGCAGCCACCCCGAUAACCCCUACUUCUGCAAGACCAAGAAGGGCCCCCCCUUAGACGGGACGAUGUGUGCUCCCGGCAAGCAUUGCUUUAAGGGACACUGCAUCUGGCUGACACCUGACAUCCUCAAACGGGAUGGCAACUGGGGCGCCUGGACUCCAUUCGGCUCUUGCUCACGCACCUGCGGCACAGGUGUGAAGUUCAGGACCCGCCAAUGCGACAAUCCACCCCCAGCCAAUGGUGGCCGCACCUGCUCAGGCCUUGCCUACGACUUCCAGCUCUGCAACCCUCAGGACUGCCCAGACACCCUGGCCGACUUCCGCGAGGAACAGUGCCGACAGUGGGACCUGUACUUUGAGCAUGGUGAUGGCCAGCACCACUGGCUACCCCACGAGCACCGGGAUGCCAAGGAGCGUUGUCACCUCUACUGCGAGUCCAAGGAGACCGGGGAGGUGGUGUCCAUGAAGCGCAUGGUGCAUGACGGCACCCGCUGCUCCUACAAGGACGCCUUCAGCCUUUGUGUGCGCGGGGACUGCCGGAAGGUGGGCUGCGAUGGGGUGAUCGGCUCCAGCAAGCAGGAGGACAAGUGUGGCGUGUGCGGAGGAGACAACACCCGGUGCAAGGUGGUUAAGGGCACGUUCACGCGCUCCCCCAAGAGGCACGGCUACAUCAAGAUGUUCGAGAUCCCUGUGGGAGCCAGGCACCUGCUCAUCCAGGAGGCAGACGCCACCAGCCACCACCUGGCUGUCAAGAACCUGGAGACGGGCAAGUUCAUCUUAAAUGAAGAAAACCAUGUGGAUCCCAAUUCCAAAAGCUUCAUCGCCAUGGGUGUGGAGUGGGAGUACAGGGAUGAGGACGGCCGAGAGACACUGCAGACCAUGGGCCCCCUCCGCGGCACCAUCACUGUGCUGGUGAUCCCCGAGGGAGACGCCCGGAUCUCCCUGACAUACAAGUACAUGAUCCAUGAGGACUCGCUCAACGUGGAUGACAACAAUGUCCUGGAAGACGACUCCGUGGGCUACGAGUGGGCCCUGAAGAAGUGGUCUCCAUGCUCCAAGCCCUGUGGCGGAGGGUCCCAGUUCACCAAGUAUGGCUGCCGCCGGAGGCUGGACCACAAGAUGGUGCACCGGGGUUUCUGCCACGCCCUCGUGAAGCCCAAGCCCAUCCGCAGGGCCUGCAACCAGCAGGAGUGCUCCCAGCCUGUGUGGGUCACAGGCGAAUGGGAGCCAUGUAGCCAGAGCUGUGGGCGGACAGGCAUGCAGGUGCGUCCCGUGCGCUGUGUCCAGCCGCUGCACAACAACACCACACGCUCCGUGCACACAAAGCACUGCAACGACAACCGGCCCGAGAGUCGCCGGGCCUGCAACCGGGAGCUGUGUCCCGGCCGCUGGCGAGCUGGCCCCUGGUCUCAGUGCUCAGUGACCUGUGGCAACGGCACCCAGGAGCGGCCAGUGCUCUGCCGCACCUCAGAUGACAACUUUGGCAUCUGCCGGGAGGAACGGCCUGAGACAGCAAGAAUCUGCAGGCUCAGCCCCUGCUUCCGAAACACCUCGGACCCCUCCAAGAAAAGCUACGUGGUGCAGUGGCUGUCCCGCCCAGAUGGCGACAGGCCCGUUCAGAAGAUCUCGUCAAAAGGCCACUGCCAGGGCGACAAGUCAAUGUUCUGUAGAAUGGAAGUCUUGUCUCGCUACUGCUCCAUCCCAAGCUACAACAAGCUGUGCUGCAAGUCCUGUAACCUAUACCGCAACCUCACUGCAGUGGACGACAGGCUGGAACCCCCGCCUGGAAAGCACAAUGACAUAGAGGUGUUCAUGCCCACAUUCCCAGCACCCACUCCGGUCACUGAGGCACCACUGUCUCCAGUCAUCCCGCUGGAGGUCCCUGGCAACACCUCCAGCAUCAAUGCCACGGAGGACCAGCCAGAAGUCAACGCUGUGGAUGCUCCCUACAAACCCCACGGCUUGGAGGAGGAAACCCAGCCUCCCAACCGGAUCCCACGACGCCCAAGCCCUUACGAGAAGACCAGGAACCGAAGGAUCCAAGAGCUCAUCGAUGAGAUACGGAAGAAAGAGGUGCUCACAAAGUUCUAAUAAAGUGGAAAGAUAGCAGCCUAGCAUUUUUGUUCUUGCUUAUCGAGAUGGCCCACAGGAUAGCCAGUGCUGUGUUGUGGAAAUCAAGUCAAACUUCCUGAUUCCAAAAGGCUCUGAGGAGGCGGAGAAGGGGGCAUGACAGCAACACGGGAGUGAGCACAUGCUAACCAGGUUAGCAAGGGUUUCUCAGCGCAGGGACAGCCUCGAUCCCACAGAAGUGGUGCCUGUGCCUGGGGAAGAGGGCAAAGUGGUUCUCCAGCUCCAUCAGCAAGUGAGGGGAGGGCAGACAUGGAACUCAGAGAAAUUGGCCCUAAGCUUCUGAGAAUCUCUUUUCCUGUGGCGUCAUGGCACAUUUCCUUUCCAAUCCCUGAUGCUCUGCCUCAUGGUGACACUUAGGAUUGAAAAGCAACCAGUCACUACGAUGAGUACCGUGGAGCAGAGAUCAUGAUGUGUAAGAGCUGGGCAGGUGGUCAGGAUGAGAGUAGUGGCCAACUGGGGAUGGCUAAUGGCUGGUGGCUGAUGGCUGGCGGUGGCCAUUGCUGCCACACGAAGUGUGUGUGUGUCUCUUCUCCACUAACCCUGUUCUUGCCACAUUAUGCACUUUUCCAGAAGCAUAGAUUUACCUGUGACCAUGUUCCAUCUUGAAAGGUCUAUUUGGAAUACUUUCAGAGGAUCUUGUAGUCUCUAAUGUCCCACUCCACCAGGCGGCAAAUUCUGGUCUCCUGUCUUGGCUUGAUGCAUUUUUGUUCAUGAAUGAAGGACUUAGGAAGAACAAGUUGGCCCAUCUGGUGCUCAUGCUGUACUGCAUUUGAGGGCUAUUUCUUUUUCAGGAAAGCAAUAGAGGCACGAGGACAGGGAGCAAUCCCAGGCCUCUUCUCCACUGGCCGCGGCCUUGGUGACCACCACCCAGGCUCUGAUAUUUGACCCCAAUGUUCUCCAAGCAGCUUGGCCUCAAUCCCUUCCUCCCCGGAAUUAGCAGAAGGAUGAGGGGGUCAUGGGCUCUGCUGAGGUUCUCCUUUCCCAGCAAGGGCUGGGUGGGUUGGGAAAGAUUGCAAGCAGCCACCAGGCACCAAGCUAACAGACUCCAAAUCC